CAAUGUCAGCUACAUCGGGCGAUUGGCGGGAUACACCCUGGGUUGGAGACUAUGUGUGGAAAAACCAACAACGUGGCUUUGAUACCUGGGGCGUUCUGUUCACAGAUGAACAGGCUGAGUUGGUUUUAUUGAGUGUCAAAGCAGCAGCAGCAGCAGCAGAGCAACAGCAGAGCAGCAGCAGAGCAACAGAGAUGACUUCAUUGCAGCAGGUGAACCCCAGAGUGCUGGCGAUCAGAGAGUCCACAGGUCUGCAGACUCUGGCUGCUCACAUCACACAGCAGAUCACACAGGGAGGAAAGAGGCCGUUCCAGAAGGUGACUGAUGUCAGUUCACAUGAUCCCCAGGAGGCAGGGAUGGCGCCCAUCUCAUUCGUUCGCCAGGUCUUGGCAAUGUGUCAGUAUCCUGAGCUCCUCAAGGACGAACACUUCCCUCUGGAUGCCAGGCAGCGGGCACAGAAGCUUCUGGGGUGGUGCAGUGGAGGAAGUGUGGGUUCGUACACGCCAACGAGCAAUGGCACGCCACAGAUCCUGGAAACCAUUGCUGACUUCAUAACGAGGCGAGAUGGCGGAGUGCGUUCACAUCCAGAAAAUAUCAUCUUCUCCACUGGUUCUCAGAAAAUCUUUCAGCUCCUUUUGCACCUGAUGAGCUGUGGGUCCGGGGGAAGUCAGACGGGGAUGUUGAUCCCCACGCCUUGCCCGCACACGCUGCUCAGUCUGAUGGACGAGUCAGAGGUGAAGACGGUGCCGUACCAGCUCAUGGAGGAGCGAGGCUGGGCUGUGGACCUGGACAAGCUGCACCAGGCUUUGAAGGCUGCUAGGGGGCACUGUGAGCCCAGAGCCAUUUACAUCUGCAACCCAGGAAACCCCACAGGUCAUGUGCAAGACAGGGAGACGAUAGAACAAGUGAUCCGAUUUGCUGCAACAGAGGGUCUGGUGCUGUUGGCUCAUGAGGUGCACCAGGACAGUGUGUAUGGGCAAGACAAACAGUUUGUUUCCUAUAAGAAAGUCCUGUUUGAGAUGGAAAAGAAGUAUUCCGAGGCAGUGGAGUUGAUCUCCAUCCAUUCCAUAUCGACAGCCUGCGCGGGAGAGUGUGGUCUGAGAGGAGCUUACAUGGAGGUCGUCAACGUCGACCCGCCCAUCAUGACGUACGUCAAGCGUCUGCAGAUCACCACGUGUCCGCCGGUUCUCUCACAUUUCGCUAUGCAUUUAAUGGUCAAUCCACCCACACCUGGAGAUCUGUCGUAUGGCAAAUAUGCGCAGGAGAUUCUCCAAAGACAGAAAACACUGUCCCAGAAUGCUCGGCGGGCGUGUGACUUUCUGAACGCUUUACCGGGGAUGAGCUGUCAACCGGCGAUGGGCGGAGUCUUUCUUUACCCUCGUCUGCAGUUAUCGAGUCACAUGAUUGAGGAGGCAAAGACAUCAGGUGUGGAGGCAGAUGUGUUUUACUGUCAGAGGUUUCUGGAAGAAGAAGGCGUGUGUUUGGGACCAGGCUGUGAGAAUGGACACGACGAUCAAAACUACCACGUCAGGUUGUGUGUCCUGGUUCCUCCUGUGUCUCUGGACCAGGUCCUGGCUCGUCUUCGGUCUUUCCACCUGCGUCUGCUGGAAGGUUCUCACUGAUGGAAAAGACAAGCAUGGUUUUCAUGGUUUGUGUCUUCUGACAUUUGUACUUUCAGGUACAAUAAAGUUAUUUCUUGAUCUUGAAAAAUAUGAAAA